CAAUUUUUUCUCUCCGAAGCGUCUGUGUUUCUAAAAAUUAUUAUCAAUAAUAUACAAAAAAAACUACAUUUUUUGCAAAAAUUAUUCAACAAAUUCCAACACAAAACUCUAAUACAUGUGAUCUAGAUAAAAUGUGAACGAAAUUCGGUGCGAUUUUAAGUGAAUUUUGCAUUUGAUUCUCGUCUAAUUUUUUUUUUCGUUUCUCUUUUUUUUUUUCAUUUUUAAUUUCCUUUGGUUAAUGGAUUUUUCCUCCGGGGGGAAAAAUGACGACAAGUUUGUGAGAAAAAUCAAAGAAAAAAAUAAAAUAUAAAACGAUAUUUUUUCGCAGUGAAAGUUUUUUUGUGUAGAAAAAAAAAAUUAAUGAAAUUUUGAAAAGUUUUUUUUUUCUCAAUAUCUCAAAAAAAACAAAUACAUGCCUCAUUCAUGUAUGUAUAUGAAGUUUAAAAGGAAAAGAAAAAAUAUUAAGCAAUAAAGCAAAAAAAAAAAAAACAAAAAAAUUGUUCAAGAAAAUUCCCUCGCUAUGAACUCGGCCAUGGAAUUGGAUGAUUUGGACAAUAUAACCAAAAAUGACUUUCUUCCUUUGAUGCCAAACAUCAAACAGGAACUUCUGGAAGCCAACGAGCCCCCUAGCACUGGCACAACAACUGGCAAUCCUUGCGACAGUGCCGAGAAGCGGAUUGAAAACACAUCAACAAUCGGCGAAUCGAGUUCGACAAAAUGCGUGUGGUGUUCGCAAUUUCUAGUUGCGACAGAUCGUCCCAAACUUUUGGAAUGCCUACAUGUCGCCUGUUGCCAAUGUGUAACAACAAAAUUUUCCGAGCUCGAUCGCACAAUGCCACCCCUUAUACACUGUCCAGUGUGCAACAUGGCAUCCCAAAAUGAAUUCAUAAUAGACAACCACUUCCUAAUAGAGCAAUGUAAUUCGGGUGAUUUGAAUGCCAACGCAGCUGGAAGCAGCGAUCCAGACAACAAACAAAGCGCUGCCGCAUCAAUGAUCAAAUGUAGUAGCUGCAGUGAUGAUGCCAAUGCAACUUCAUGGUGUGUAGAUUGUUCAGAAUAUAUAUGUGAUAGUUGCGUGCAAGCACAUCAACGGCUGAAAAUCACCAAGGAUCACACAAUCAAGCCGAAAGAAGAGGCCAAUUGCGAAACAUCAACAGCCUCACAAACCGAUCGUAGUCUAAGAUGUCAACUGCAUCCGCAGGAGAAGCUUUCACUGUUUUGUGAGACAUGCGACAAGUUGACAUGUCGUGACUGUCAGUUGAGUGAACAUCGUGAUCACAAAUAUAAGUUUGCACACGAAAUUGCCACAGAGACGAGAAAUUCACUGGGAGCAUUGCUCAAUGAGAUCAACUAUAAGCGUUUCUUGUUGACUAGUGCGAGCAAAGUUAUUGACGACAGACAGAAUUUAAUAACAGACAAGAAGAAGGACCUCAUCAAGGACAUUACAGCAAUGGUUGUGAAGAUCACAAAUACGGUUAAUAUGCGCGGCAAGCAAUUGGUCAUGCGACUGAACGAGGUUUGCGAUAGCAAACUGAAAGUAUUGAAUGAGAAAAAGGAAGCCCUUCAGUUGUUGUCGGAAAACACAGAUCAUUGCAUUGACUUUGUGCAGGGCGCCUUAGAUAAGGGUAGCGAUUGUGCGAUAUUGAGUAGUAAAAAAUCUCUUGCCAGGCAUUUGCAAAAGCUAAAAUGCCAACGUGCUGACAUCCCAAAUCCAGAGAUUCCAGUUAGAAUACAAGUUCAGCUUAAUCAAGUGAACGAAUUACAGAAAGUUAUUUCUCAACUGGGUGUAAUUGUUGUCGAUGGAAAACCAUAUCCUCCACCACCGACGACUAAUGGGCCACCUCGCCAGCAACCAAGUCCUAAUAUGGCUCCGCCACUACGACCAGGGCUUCCGCCUGGUAUGACAACCGGCCUUUCCCCCGGUGGCCCUGUCCCGGGUCAAUACGUUCAAAACGGCCCACCCAUGUACACGAGUACGUCACCGCAACAGCAAUUCAACAAUAUGCCAAUGAAUAGACCGUUCCCUGCAGAUGGACCAGGUAACGACAGAAGGGUCAGAUUUGCAGGGAUGCCACCAGUGGGUAUGCAAAGGCAAGGCCAACCACAUGUCAGCUCAUCAACACACCCACAAAAUAUGGAUAUAAGCUUACGUGGUCUUCUCAAUAAUCAAGCAGCUGGACAAAGUCCCAACCAGCCUCACAUGUCAUUCAAUGGUCCACCGAAUUAUCCUGGCGGAGGUCCACAGGGCGCACCAUCACCGUUACAAAAUAUCGGGGCACAAAUGAGGCCGCAUUUUAUGGCAGGUCCACCGGGACAACAACACCAAAAUUUCCCCCCAAACCAACCUGGUGGACCGAACACUCCAAAUUUUAUGAAUAAUGGGCCAAGAUUCCAGAAUUUUCAACGUAUGAGCAAUCAUCAACCAGGUAUGGGUGGCGGUGGUAAUCAAAUACCGUCACCGGGUCCGAUGCCAAGGCCGAAUAUGAUGCAAAAUCCAAUGCAGAAUAAUUUGGGGUUUCCUGGAAGCCAGGCUGGCUUUAACGCCGGUCCACAACAACAAAGCCCAUUGGGUGGAGGAGGCGGAGCAAUGGGUAUGCCUGGGAUGGCGAAAUGGCAUAUACCACAAUCUGCCCAACAGAACAAUGCCUGCCAAGCACAUGGGCCGAUGAUGCAAUUCGCCAAUGGGAGGCAAGGUGAAAAUUUUAAAAUAUCACUCAAAUCACCCAACACGCUAAAGAAUACAACACCAAAUGGUCAGAUGCAUGGCCCAGGGAGUGUUUUGCCAAAUGUAACGUCAACAAAUCCCAAAACACCAAGUCCCAGUACAAAUGAAAACUCAAAAGACUUUACAGAACCAAUUGACAAAGUUCGUGAUGAUUCCAUUAACGAUCUAAUGGCCACCAUAGCCAAACUCGAUUCCAAUGGAGUGCAAGUUUUGCCCGAAGGCCGAACGAAAACAACUUCACCACAAGUUCAUAGCUCGACAGAUCUCUCCAAUACCCAAGAGGUUAAUAAAAAUGAUCAAAAAGAUGACCCAAACGAAGAUUGGUGUGCUGUUUGUUUGGACGGCGGUGAACUGAUGUGCUGCGACAAAUGUCCAAAGGUAUUCCAUCAGAAUUGUCACAUUCCAGCAAUUAGUUCGCUGCCAGACGAAAGCGAAAGUUGGCAGUGUCUUUUGUGUGUUAAUAUGGGAGAACUUGCCAACACUGUACAGAUGCAACCGAAACCAAUUGGAGCUGAUCUAACACCAAGUGAAUUACUUAUGAUCCAGAGAAUUUGUUUGGAAUUGUAUUGUCAAUAUGAGCAGAGCUUGCAUUUUCGUGAACCAGAAUCACCAACAAAUACAGCAUACUAUGAAAUUAUUUGCAGUCCAAUGUCCUUAGAUGUUAUUCGAACAAGAUUGGAUCCAUCGAGUCCUAAUCAUUACAAAGAAAUCGCCGGUUUUAUUGCUGACGUUCGAUUAAUCUUUAAAAACACCUACCUCUUUUAUCAGUCAAUGCAGGAGGAUUCAAAAACCUAUCAACACGCCCGCUAUUUAGAAAUGUUCUUUGAAGAACAAUUAGUAAAAUGGUUACCGAAAUUCGCACACAGUAAUAACCAUUCAAAUGCAAAUGGCACACAACCAAAUGCAGCAGCAUUAGCAGCGGCAGCAGCAGCAGUAUCUGCAGCAGCGGCAAGUCUUGAAAAUGGCACUGGUGCAGGCACCUUAAGCGGCAAUGAAGAUGAUGGCUGCCAACCACCAAAACGCAUUCGAAAGUUAACCGAAUAAUUUUAAAUAAAAUUCAAAUACACAGUUAAAUAAAAAAAAGAUAUAAUGAAAACAAUGAUUUUAUACUUUUCAAAAAUGUAUACACCUAGGUAUUAUUAUUAAUCAAUGUUGUUGAUAUUUUUGUUGUAGGGUUCUAAACGUAUAAACAUAGUUUUUAAGUAUUAUGAUUCUACUUAAUUGAGAGCUUCGCGAGAUUCUAUUUUCUAUUGUAAAAUUCAAUUAAUAACUAUUACCAUAAAAACUUGAUUCUUAUUUCAACGAUUGCAUCUUUAAACAACAAAAAAAUAAAAAUUCUCAUUUAUGACUUGUCUGCAUAGAGCCGUUGUCGCCGUUAUGUAUACUUUAUAAUUUUAGUUUCUCAUUCAUAACUUCGUUAAUUAUAUUAUUAUUAUUGUUUCUUUAAUUAUUGUAUUGUAAUCCAUGGAAAGACAUUUUAUUUUUAGUUUUUAUUUUAACUAUAACAAUUUAUUAAAAGAAAAUCAAACAAUGAAAUUAUCAGUAAACUUUAGAUUUAAGUAAAUAAAACAAACAACAAAAAAAGCAUUAAAGAACAACAAUUUAAUAAACGUACGCAUACAUAAAUUAUUUUAUGUUGUAGAAAUAUUUAAUUGAAAAAAAAAAUUCAUGUAAAUAUAAAAAAAAAAAAAAACAAACAAAAUAAUAAACAAUAUCAGACAUUAUUUUAAAGCAAUUAAAAUACAUAAACUAAAAAAUCAUUUAAAAUAAACGGUGAAUUCCAAGCACAAUGUAAGUUAUUUUUAUUAUGUUUUUUUAAUUUGUUUUUCUUUUUUGAUUAAAUCGUAUCUAUUUUUGUUAUGUGAAAGCAACAUUAUGAUCAUGCAUCCACAUUUUAUUGUUUGUUGGACAAAAAUUAUAAGAUUUUGCAGCCUACUACUCUCGUCGAUAAAAAUUUAACUUUUCGAUUGUUAAUUUGAAAAAACCAAAUCUCCAAGUUCUGCAUUCAAUUAAACAUAUUUUCCAACAUUCAAUCGGAUCAAUGUUGCUUAACAAAGCUUCUUCCAAAUAUAUAUAAAAUGUAUAUAUAUUUUCCUAAAGAAAUAAAAAUAAAAAAAAAAAUCAAUUGUUAGUAAUUAUUUAAAACAAAAAUUUAAUAAAUGUCAUCACUGAUUUUGUUUAAAAACUUGAAAAAAAAAUAAAAUAAUAAACAAAAACAUAAUAUAAAAUAUAUAUAAAGAUCUUAAUAAUCAUGACACUAUUCAGGAUUAAGUUAUGUAUUCGAAACAAAACAAAAAAAAAUAAAAUUAAACUAUUUUAGUUUAUCAGUUAAACUACUAUCAUUAGCGUAUAGUGUAUUUAUACAAUUAAAUAAAAUAAAAAAACAAAAAAAUAAAACAUUUUAUUGAAUAAAUAAAAUAAAAUUAGGAAGAUGAAAAUAAAAGGCAAGAUAUGAUUAAACACGAAUCCGUACUUGUAGAAAAUAUGAGAAUAAAAAUUUUAAUCGUACUCCAUAAUUGUGUA